AUGGCUGCAGAGCUGUAUCCCACCAAGAAGCUGGUCCCCUCCGCCUCAGCGAGCAGCACCUCCUCCUCCUCCUCCAUCCAGGACCAGUACCAACAGCAGAACCUCGCCAACAACAACAACAACAGCCACACCGCCGCCGCCACGCAGGGCUGCUGCAGCUGGCAGGGCCUGUACCCCACCCUCCGGGAGAGGAAUUCAGUCAUGUUCAACAAUGAGAUGAUGGCGGAUGUUCACUUCGUGGUCGGGCCGCCUGGCGGGACGCAGCGAGUACCGGGACACAAGUACGUCCUGGCUGUCGGCAGCUCCGUGUUCCACGCCAUGUUUUACGGAGAGCUGGCCGAGGACCAGGAAGAGAUCCGGAUCCCUGACGUGGAGCCUCCCUCGUUCCUGGCCAUGUUGAAGUACAUCUACUGUGACGAGAUCGACCUGUGCGCCGACACGGUGCUCGCCACCCUCUACGCCGCCAAGAAGUACAUCGUGCCUCACCUGGCCCGGGCCUGCGUCAACUUCCUGGAGACGAGCCUUAGCGCCAAGAACGCCUGCGUCCUGCUGUCGCAGAGCUGCCUGUUCGAGGAGCCCGACCUCACGCAGCGCUGCUGGGAGGUGAUCGACGCGCAGGCCGAGCUCGCCUUGCGCUCCGAGGGCUUCUGCGACAUCGACGCGCAGACCUUGGAGAGCAUCCUGCGCCGCGAGACGCUCAACGCCAAGGAGAUGGUCGUGUUCGAGGCGGCGCUGAGCUGGGCCGAGGCCGAGUGCCAGCGGCGGGACCUGGCUCCGACGAUCGAGAACAAGCGCCUGGCUCUCGGCAAGGCCAUCUACCUGAUCCGAGUCCCCGCCAUGCUGCUGGAGGACUUCGCCAACGGCGCGGCGCAGUCCGGCGUGCUCACGCUCAACGAGACCAACGACAUCUUCCUGUGGUACACCGCCGCCAACAAGCCCGAGCUGCUGUUCUGCACCAAGCCGCGCAAGGGCCUCGCGCCGCAGCGCUGCCACCGCUUCCAGUCGUGCGCCUACCGCAGCAACCAGUGGCGCUACCGAGGCCGCUGCGACAGCAUCCAGUUCGCCGUGGACAAGCGCGUCUUCAUCGCCGGAUUCGGCCUGUACGGCUCCAGCUGCGGCUCGGCAGAGUACAGCGCCAAGAUCGAGCUGAAGCGCCAGGGCUCGUCGAUGGCGCAGCGCGUCAUCAAGUACUUCUCGGACGGCUCCAGCAGCACGUUCCCCGUGUCCUUCGACUACCCCGUGCAGAUCGAGCCCGACACGUUCUACACCGCCAGCGUGGUGCUGGACGGCAACGAGCUGAGCUACUUCGGACAGGAGGGCAUGACGGAGGUGCAGUGCGGGAAGGUGACCUUCCAGUUCCAGUGCUCGUCGGACAGCACCAACGGCACCGGUGUGCAGGGAGGCCAGAUCCCCGAGCUCAUCUUCUACGCCUGAGAGACGCACGCCCGCCGAGGGGAGAUUUACAUUUACUGCUUCGCUGCUAGGGGGGUUUGGGCAUCGAGGAACCGAUUACUAACCGUUGGAAUCAUUUGGAGGAUUUUGGUUUCAAAUCUGAUCGUGGGUUCCAAAUAGAGGUGUGAAUCUUCACUGAUCGCCCGAUUCGAUUAAGAUUAUCACAUCAGCAAUUCAGUUCGAUUCGAUAUCUCGAUGCAUCACGAUGCGUCAAAUACAUGUUUUCUAUUAAAGCCAUGUAGGCUAUUUAAUUCAUAGCUUUUCCAAAUAUUCUGCAGUGCUGUAAUACUAAAUAACUUGGAUACAUGAAACUAUACAUCCUGAAUGUGCAAAACAUACCAGAAUAUGUAAACCGAAAUAUUGUUAGGCCUACAUUACAUUAAAUUGUAA